AUGAUGAGGAGCUGUUUGGAGCUGGCAGCAGAUCUGUCAGGACCACAUCACCUCUGGGAUUUGUUUACUCUGCAAAAACCUCUCCAUACGUCUCCACUCCACCAAUCCCACGCCGGCCGAUCCCACGCCGGCCGAUCCCACACCGGCCGAUCCCACGCCAGGCCGCAAGCGGCGUCGAACGGCCCUCGCCACACCGCGCGACACCCCGCACCACGCGCCUUGCCGCUCCGCUACGACUCCCCGCACUGCGCUUCGCUACGACUCCCCGCACCGCGCACCGCUACGACUCCCCGCACCGCGCGCCGCUACGACUCCCCGCACCGCGCGCCGCUACGACUCCCCGCACCGCGCGCCGCUACGACUCCCCGCACCGCUACGACUCCCCGCACCGCGCGCCGCUACGACUCCCCGCUCCGCUACGACUCCCCGCUCCGCUACGACUCCCCGCUCCGCUACGACUCCCCGCUCCGCUACGACUCCCCGCUCCGCUACGACUCCCCGCUCCGCUACGACUCCCCGCUCCGCUACGACUCCCCGCUCCGCUACGACUCCCCGCUCCGCUACGACUCCCCGCGCCGCUACGACUCCCCGCGCCGCUACGACUCCCCGCUCCGCUACGACUCCCCGCUCCGCUACGACUCCCUGCACCGCUACGAUUCCCCGUACCGCGCAACUCGCCGCAACCCGCAAUUCCCCUCCCCGUGA